AUGGUAUUUAAUUUACAGCAGCCCAAGAGCAAGCCAGGAGAUCCAAGCACUAAGAAGACAAAGCUGGAGGAAGGCGACUCGGUGAGCAUCAUCCGCAUGCCAGACACGACGGAGGCUCUGUACAUGUUCUACGCCUUGGCCAUAGUCUGCGAUGACUUUUUUGUUCCGUCUCUAGAGAAGAUCUGCGAGAAGCUCCAUCUGAGUGAAGACGUCGCUGGAGCCACCUUCAUGGCUGCAGGAAGCUCAACGCCCGAGCUGUUUGCCUCCGUUAUUGGCGUGUUCAUCACCCACGGAGACGUUGGAGUUGGAACCAUCGUGGGCUCUGCUGUGUUCAACAUCUUGUGCAUAAUUGGCGUUUGUGGAUUAUUUGCGGGGCAGGUGGUCCGUCUGACGUGGUGGGCUGUGUGCCGAGACUCCGUGUACUACACCCUCUCUGUCAUCGUGCUCAUUGCUUUCAUAUAUGAUGAAGAAAUUGUGUGGUGGGAAGGACUGGUGCUCAUCAUCUUGUAUGCAUUUUACAUUCUGAUCAUGAAGUACAAUGUGAAGAUGCAGGCCUUUUUCACCAUCAAACAAAAGGCCGUUGCCAAUGGCAACACGGUCAACAGUGAGCUGGAGGAUGGUAAUGAUUACUGUGAUAGCAGUUCUGAUGACCCCUCCAUGCCAUUGCUGGGGCAAGUGAAGGAGGAGCCUCAGUACAGCAAAAACCCAGUGGUGAUGGUGGACGAGGUCAUGAGCUCCAGCCCUCCCAAGUUCAGCUUCCCGGAGGCGGGCUUACGCAUCAUGAUCACCAAUAAGUUUGGGCCCAGGACCCGACUGCGGAUGGCUAGCAGGAUCAUAAUUAAUGAGCGGCAGAGACUGAUCAACUCGGCUAACGGUGUCAACAGCAAGCCACUUCAAAACGGGAGACACGAAAACAUCGAGAACGGGAAUGUUCCCAUGGAAAACCCCGAAGACCCUCAGCGGGAGCAGGAACAACAACCCCAGCCGCCACCCCCACCCCCAGAGCCGGAGCCAGUCGAGUCUGCCUUCCUGUCCCCCUUCUCCAUGCCCGAGGCAAGAGGGGACAAAGCCAAGUGGGUGUUCACUUGGCCACUCAUCUUCCUCCUGUGCAUCACCAUCCCCAACUGCAGCAAGCCCCGCUGGGAGAAAUACUUCAUGGUCACCUUCAUCACCGCCACGCUGUGGAUCGCUGUCUUCUCCUACCUAAUGGUGUGGCUGGUGACAAUUAUUGGAUACACGCUUGGGAUCCCCGAUGUCAUCAUGGGCAUCACUUUCCUGGCAGCGGGCACGAGUGUUCCAGACUGCAUGGCCAGCUUAAUCGUGGCGAGACAAGGCCUUGGUGACAUGGCUGUCUCAAACACCAUAGGAAGCAAUGUAUUUGACAUCCUAGUGGGACUCGGCAUACCGUGGGGCCUGCAGACCAUGGUUAUUAACUAUGGGUCCACGGUGAAGAUCAACAGCCGAGGUCUGGUCUAUUCCGUGGUGUUGUUGCUGGGCUCUGUCGCUCUCACUGUCCUCGGCAUCCAUCUCAACAAGUGGAGACUUGACCGGAAGCUGGGCGUCUGCGUGCUGGCCCUCUACGCUGUCUUCUUGUGCUUCUCCAUCAUGAUCGAGUUUAACGUCUUCACCUUCGUCAACUUGCCCAUGUGCCGAGAAGACAAUUAAAGCCCAGGCACUGCACCCCCUCUCCCCCCAGCCCCGGGAGCUGUUCUGGACUCUCCGGCGCCGGUGUCCUCGCUCUCUCCCCUGCCCCACCGCCAGUCUCUCCUGCCUCGGUGGUCACCUUCUGCUCUUCCACACGCUGGAAGGAAGGGCCGUCGUGCUCGUCGUCUGGUCACGAGCCGGGCCGCUGGGCGGUGGCCUCCUCCUCCUCGGAGCUCUGCCCUCCCCACGCAAGGCAAGACUGAGGGGCCGCUGCUGAGCCGCCUGGCAGCCCCCUGAGCUGGCAGCCACAGGGGUGCGGCGGGCCCCUCUCCUCUCUCAGACACUGUAGUGAGGACUUCCAUGUGCAAUGUGUCUUUCUGUCGCCUCGGGAGUGAGGCGGCCAGGAGAACGGGAGGUCCCCUGGGACAAGUGCAAAACGGGAAUGUCGCUCUCAAGUGUCACCUCUGGGCCGGAGGGUGUGAGUCCCUCAGGCCGCAUGUGCGCCUCCGACCUCGGCCAGGAGCACUCACAGUUCGGAGGGGACAAGGCCUCACCCUGCUGAGCGUUUGGAGGGGGCCCUCCAAGGGCAAACACUCCACCCCUUUCUCUGGAAAAAUCGGAAGACUUGAAAGCGUCUCACAGCCAAAAGGAGAAACAGACGUGAACUUCCUUGUCACUUGUAUUGAGGCAUUCAGAGAACAAGCGAUGAAAUAUUAAAAAUAAAAUGUCCUGUAGAUCAUCAUACUUGAAAAAAUAGCAUUCCAUACAAAAAGGCCAUGCUGGGGACCAAAAAAGGUAACACUCCAUGGAAAACGAACCCUAUGUGUAUCGUGUUGCGCUGACACCAAGACGUUCGGUUUGGAAUAUAGAAAAGCACGAAAGACUAACAUCUACCUGGGUGCUAAUUCAGAGACGCGGCGGAGAUGGUAAUUUGCGGCCCUACAGUCCAGACCUUCCGUGUGAUGCAGCACAACGUCCAUGUGGGGUUGUCGUCCCUUUGUUAAGUGCUCUCCUCUCAUAAGCCACCCUGUUGCAAGACCCGAUUGUCUCUAUGCCCAGCAAAUUUCAUAGCCUGCUGAACUGGAACGAGUGAGCCACACGUAAGGGGUAAAAACGAGAAGAGAGAUUUCCUGGGGGGAAAAAAAAAUUGCUCUCUGUUCCCGGGAGGCAAGUAUGAAAACCAUAACUUGGCAUUUUGUAGAGCUAAGUUUCUUGAGCCUUAGAGUUGGCUGCCCGUGAAGGGCCAAGGAUGAGAGGCGGAGUCACAAAGAGAAAAAAAAUACUAAACAAUUUUCACCUGCUUCGUAGCUCUCAGAUCUAUAUUAAAAAGAUUUAUGAACACAAACCAUCCGUGGUUUCUAAAAAGAAAGCACAAUUCGCUUUAUAUAGAGGGGGUUUUUUCUUAUUUUUUUAAUAUUUCUAUUGCAAAAGUCUAUCGGAUUUGAUGCACUUUUAAUAACUGGGGUAUUUUGCCCAGAAGAAUGUGUGGGAACUGGCCCAGAUAGGGUGAGGAAAGAAGGGUUUUAGUGAUUAACCAAUAAUCAGUCAUGGGUGAUGAGCUGAAAUGCAAUAGCUAACUCCUUCCUGAAACCCAAAGGUUGUGACCUGAGGUAGAAUUCGUGGCUGUGCUUGCUAAGGCCUCCUGAAUUUCAAAGGAGGAAGUGCUCGCGUCUGUGUCCUUUCAGCGAGCGUGAGCCUAAGACAGGAGGGAACUCGGUCACCAGGCUUCUGUUCUGGAUCCGCAUCAGUGUUAGCAGCUACACCACACUAAGGUUCCUCUUUUGUUUCUCUACCUAGAUUGGGCUCAGUGGUCUUCAAGUUGAGGGCAAAGGUGAUUUUCCUAAGAAAUUAGCUAAGUGGGAGGCCAGUGGGAUUGUUGGUAUAAACUUGACAAGCGCAGGAGUUCAGAGCCCCCAGGACCUCUCAGCAUAGCUCACCGUGUCCCUUUGGUCUUAACGGCCUCAUCUGGGCUUCAAAGUGUGUCCAUCUCCAUCUCAGUUCUCAGAAUUGCCCUUUGAUGUACAUAGGGGUGAUUCUCCCCGUUUAACAGAAAAUGUAGUCUUGGGAGAGGUCGGGUGACUCUAGGCCGAUUGUCAGUAAGUAGCAGAACACUACUCAUCACCCCUCCCUGGGCAGCCAGUGGGUUGGCCAUCCUUGGUGGGGGGUGGGCGGAGGCCUAGCCUUACCCUUGUGGUUGGUUCUCACUGUUUAAGUUAAAACUUCGGCAAAUAUUUAAUUGACUCCCGGUGCCCCAGCUCAGAUCCUAAUAGCUGUCCCUAUCUGGUGCCCCUGUUUUUUUCCUGGUAAAGACCAAAAGAUAUUUUUAUCUACAAGGCACAGGCCACGUGGCCCCCAGUGAUGUCCGUGCUGGAUUCACUUCUCUGAAUCCUUGGGUAGCUUCUAGAGAACACAUCCUAAUUACCUGCCUCUUCCUCAGGAGAGUCCAUCUGAGAGGAUACAGUAUCCUACAGUGGCAGUUUGAGACUAAAAAAAUAAUAGUGUUUCUAGUACCUAGAGCACUCCUGCUGGCUAAUUCUCUCUUGACUGUAAUGUGCCAAUGUAACUUCCUUAAAGGAUCUGUGUAUUUAUUGUAUUUAGGAAACUAUAUAUACAUUAUAGGUGAAUAAUUCUCUUUUUUAACUAUUUUUCCAUCACAAGUUUAAAGAGUUGCUUGUUAAUUAGGCCUUCACUUUAAAAUAAUGCUUUUAUCACUACACAGGAUUACGUCCUUUAUUUUAUUCCCAAAGCUAAUUAGCAUGGGGUAAUUACUCUGCUUCAAAAAUAGGCAAUACAAAAAAAUAAAUUCAGCUCUUCUAACUGGGAGCAGGAAAGAAAAAGAUGAACCAUGGCACUGAGAUGGAAAAUGUCUGUAGAAUCCGGAGCAGGUGGUUCCUGUCAGUUUCUAGUUUGGAAUUUGCCCUUACCAGCUCAAGCACGGACAGGGUUGUUAGGUGUGUGGUGUCUGAAAGCCUGGCCCUGGAGGAAGGUUCUGAGUCAGCCGGGGGGAAGACUAAUGGUGAAGGGCACCGCGGGCAGGGCAGGGCAGGGCAGAGUCAUCAUCCUUCCCGUAACCUGCAGUCUGCUGGUCUCUGAAUCUCGCCCGCGUGCACAGACCUCGCUGCUCGUCGCCCCUCCCCACACACACACCUGUUAGGGCUACGUCUUGCUUCUGCCUGUUGAUCCCCUGCUUUUACAGACCCAAGCAGCUGAUAAGGCAGAACCCUCCCAGAGCCAGGUUAAACCAGGUCGGGGGGCAUGCCCAUCAGUCUAGGGCAGUCCUACAGACCCCAACCAAAGAACCCCUCCUGGGCUGCCCAGGGGUCUAGGUCCCCAAGGAAGAAACUGCCCCCUCGGAUGAAGAAUCACAAGCCUGACAUGUUUGUCCUGCCAGAGUCCUGGGGCCCCUCCCUCUCCUGAAGGUGGGGGUGGACAGAGGUGAGAUGGCCUGGGAGAGGGUCAGUUCUGCACCCCCCGGGGCAGGACGGAAGUGGGGGAGAACCCCAGCACCAGCGGCUGAAGCUGCUUCCGUGCCCUGCCCUCCUUCCCCCAGCAUGAGAUGGGCCAGUGGGGUCCAGGUGCGGGAACAGUGUAGGUGCUCCCUGCCGCGUGUGGGGACUUUCUCCUGUGGCUCAGCAGGAGGGAAGCAGAGAUGCCGCAGCUGGGCUGGUGCUCCCCAGUGGGGGUGGUGUUCUGACGGGGCCAUGGCCCUGACCCUGAGUGGGCACUGAGGGUGGGGGGUGGUCCCUUCUCUUCCACCGCACCCCCCCUUUCCUUCCCUCACGGGCCAUGUUCCUCCUUGAUUGGAAAAGAUGACUGGGCUGCGUAUGUGACAGGCUCUCAACAAGAGCUUGUUGCUUAAAUAAACCAGGAACUUGCCUGUUAGGCUGAAAAUCUUCAGGAGAUUGUUUCCCACGCGCCGUGACUUAAAUGUUCCCAAGUCUAAUGCCCUCUGAACGUGAUCUCUGUGUGUCUUUCUCCCCUUGGGGCAGUUAGCAGAGGUGUCCAGGGCACCUGAGAUGGUUCACGUCUUGGCAGCUUUGUUGCCACAUUGUGCUCAUAGAAACUUCCAGAAAUUUCUGAAAAUGCUCUCUGGGCACCUCUUGGGUGGCAGGAAAUCUGUCAUCUCCCUCCACCCCCCGGCACACACACACCCAAAGUGCUGCCUCCCUGACCCCUGCCCGCUCUAUGUGGGUUCACCCAGAGUGUCUGGACACCCCCACCAGGUGUGGACAAGUACAUUCUGGCUCUUCCGGUUGCUGCAGCUGAUCGCCUGAGCCCCUCAAGUCUCCCUCCGGACCUUCUCAAAGCACAGAGAAGGGGCCCCUCCAGCACUGGGUAAACCUUCCCACUGCAUCAGUCAUGCAGGCAGUAGAACGAGGGGGUCUUUCCAUGGAUCCAUCCCUACAAGGCAGAGAACUGUAGAAAACGUUCCCCAAAGGGCGCAGACCACAGGGGCACAGAUUUUUAAAAGACAUUUAGGUUGUUGUAUUUGCUUCUCAAUGAGGAAUAGCAGACUGGGAGACUAGCUAUGUGUCAGGCCAUCCCUCAAGCCUAGUAGCCGAAGGGAGACCAUCCAGCCUGUCACAAUGCUGCCCAAACUCGAGGAACCGGGUGUCCGCGUAAAAUCGGGAGAAGAGGCGCAUUUUCCCCAUCCUGCCAGCUGGGUGGAGCUGCUUUUUCCAUUGCAACGAGGAAGCCAGCUGGCUGGUAUUAAAGCUUUGAUAUUUUAGGGAGUUGUUUUUUUUUUUUAAUUCUAAUUUUUCAAUGACAAAUAGUAUCCUGGUUCCAUUUGUCUCUGCUAAAUCUUCACACACUGCCAGGGGCUGGUGGUCCUGCUCUGUGUCAUCUUUUAUCUUCGUGUUUCCAGGGUUUUCCCUCACCUCGUACAGGUGUGUGCAUGUCCAGGGCUCAGGAGCUGGUUCCUCCACAAGAUUUGAAGCAGCGGCUGAAAACAUGGUCCCUUCUAAUCUGAGGAAAUGUCUGGGGUCCGAAUACCCCCGAGACAGACCUGGGGGCGAUGGGGGGCAGCUCUGAGAGCUGAAAAUGCCCACUGCACCCCCGUGACGGUCAAGCCCUUGGUUGUGUAGCUUUAUCCAUUAUUAGAUUUGUGGGUCUGGGAUUGGUUGCUCCUUGGUUAUAAAAGCCUGAUGGCGAAUGUGGACAUAAUCCACACCUAUUCCCACUGUUGCCAGAAUUUCAACAGUUGCUUUUUAUGCAACAUGUUGGUUGGGACUUUUCCAUGGUCAAGGCCAAUAAAACCCUUAAUCCUGGAGAAGGUAUGUACCCUCCCUACCCCAUCACUGGAAAACAAUUUUUUUAAGCUAUCGAGAGAAAGUAUGGGCAGUUUGGGGUUUCGAGUUGCGUGGUCUGGUACGAUCAGCCUUUGUGCAUAAAAGGAGGGUCCCAGACAACAGCACCCUCCCUGCUCCCACCCCAGAAUUCCCAAGAUAGGAAUUCCCAAUUAUCCAGAUGGACUGUCUCCUUUAACAGAAGGAACAAGGCCUUCCUCACACUGAAAAUGACUGGGGUGUGAGCCAGGCAGCUCCGUUUUUCCAAAUCAAAUGUUCUAGGGGGUUCUUUUUUUUUUUUCUGGCCAGUGGGGCAUCCCUGUCCUCACCUCCAGAGGUGCCCUUCUGAGCUGUAGAACGCUUCCUGGCACUUCCUAGGCAUGGCUUAGACCACGGAUUUUUGGGGACCCAGCAGACAGAGCUGUGGCUGAGCCUCUGGGGGCCAGCUCUUGAGGAACUUCUUCAGGGAGCUGCUAAUCUGGGCGGCUGGAUGUCCAAUUCAGAGCAAGGUGCCUUCUGCAUGUGUCUCCUGGCCAUCAGCUGCCAACCAGGAGUAGUUGCUGGGUGAACACAAAGAGAGCCUUGAUGACCUAGAGAGGCGAGAGUGCUGCCCACCAGAGGGGCCGGGCCGGUGGGCAGGGGAGGACCUGCCAAGAAAAGGGCCAAGCGAGGAGAGAGGCUGGGCACAUCCCAGAUGCCCAAGAGGCAGGCUGGGUAUAGUUUCCGCAGGACCAUGGGAUUUCCCUGGGGUCCGGCCAUGACCUACCAAACAGCAGGUAGAUAGAAUCACGGGGCUCUCGUGUCCAGGAAGAACCCCCUUAAAAACAAUCAAAACCAAGAACUUCUGGGGCUCUUAUAUGUCACUUGAGUCCCCCUGCCCCCAAGACAUUUCUGGCAUGUUGGACUGAACGCCACCAUCCUUGUUCAUUCUAACAAAGCAGGAGCAAUGAGUUGAAAAGUUGUAAAUAAUAAAUAUAUUUAUCUCACUAUUUUUUCAAUAACUGUGACCUCCCGCACUGUGAAUGCUCUGUGAUAUGAGAUUCUAGGUUUAAUAAAACUGUCAUUAAAUUUGAAUGAAUUGAUGCUGUUUGUUCCUAAACACUGGCAUGAGUUUAUUGUGAAGAAAACAUCUAGAGUAAAUAUGAACUAAAUCUUUAUAAGAAAUCUAGCAGUCAGUAUUGUAAUGCAAUAUAUCAAAAUCUGUACACCGUCAAUAAAAUCAAUGAGCUCAAGUUGACUUUCCCGAUACAGAGCUUCCAUUCACGUUUUAAUAGGCACAUACGCAUUUGUAUUUUUUGGAAGGAUUCCUUACACUGGAAUCCCAGCCUUACUUAAAACCAUUUCUAUUUGCAUAUCGAGAAAAAAUAGACUCCAAAAA